CACAUAAAAUAAAAUGACAAAAUCAAAUAUUACAUUACCACUUCUCUUCACACUCCUCACCUUCAUCGAUGUCUCGACCGGCGCCGCCAACGUAUUCAACGUCGUUAGCUUCGGGGCCAAACCGGACGGUGUGAAGGAUUCAACGGGAGCAUUCCUCAAAGCAUGGGAAGCAGCUUGUGGCUCGGCAGCUGCAGCCACUGUGAUGGUUCCAAGUGGGACAUUUAUGGUGAAGGGAAUAACGUUUGGAGGGCCAUGCAAGAGCAGACUCAAGUUUCAAGUGGCUGGAACCGUCGUUGCUCCGCCUGAUUACAGGGCAUUUGGAAACUCCGGCUACUGGAUUCUUUUCAACAAGGUUAGCAAAAUCUCACUUAUCGGCGGGACUUUUGAUGCUCGAGCUAACGGAUUCUGGGCUUGCCGAAAAUCUGGUCAGAGUUGUCCUCCCGGUGUUAGGUCUAUAACGUUUAACUCGGGCAAAGACGUGAUCAUAAGUGGAGUCAAAUCGAUGAACAGCCAGAUCACUCAUAUGACUCUCAACGGUUGCACCAAUGUCGCCGUCCGUUACGUGAAGCUAGUGGCUCCCGGAAAUAGCCCAAACACCGACGGUUUCCACGUUCAGUUAUCCACCGGAGUCACAUUUACCGGAAGCACCGUUCAGACCGGAGAUGAUUGUGUUGCUAUUGGUGCUGGUACCCGCAAUUUCCUCAUCUCCAAACUUGCUUGUGGCCCAGGUCAUGGUGUUAGUAUCGGGAGCUUGGCAAAGGAAUUGAACGAAGAUGGAGUAGAGAAUGUGACACUAUCAAGUUCGGUAUUUACGGGGACACAAAACGGCGUAAGGAUAAAGUCGUGGGCGAGGCCAAGUAACGGGUUCGUUAAGAACGUCUUCUUCCAAGACCUGAUCAUGAAGAACGUCCAAAACCCAAUCAUAAUCGACCAAAACUAUUGUCCUUCCCACCAAGGUUGCCCUACCGAGCAUUCGGGGGUGAAAAUAAGCCAAGUAACGUAUAAGAACAUACAAGGAACUUCCGCGACACAACAAGCAAUGAAGCUGGUAUGCAGCCAGAGCAACCCAUGUACAGGAAUCACAUUACAAGACAUUAAGCUUACUUACAAGAAAGGAGCUCCUGCUACUUCAUACUGUUUCAAUGCUAUUGGGACUAGUCUCGGUGUUACUCAACCUACUAGUUGUUUAAACCGAUAA